UAGAGAAUAAAAUAUUUUAAAAGUUUAUUUGGGAAAAAGAAGAAAUGAUACACUUUACAACUGAAAUGUGGAUUCGCAAAACAAAAGCAAAUCUGAAUCUCCGAGUCUUCGUGUCUGACGUGAUGGCACGCAGCUGGACUAGCUAGGUAACUCCAAGUAGCUAGCUAGCUAGCUAAAUGAAACAUAUUUUCAAUUUCAUGCAGCAAACGCCUCCCACGCACGCAUGUCUGCAGAGCGCCCUGCAAGUUCAUAGCAGCAUGUAGUUUAGCGUUUAUUUGAAAGGGGAAAGUACACUAGAUAUCUGAUUGGAAAUAACGCUGAUCUUUGAUCGCGUUAUUGCAUCCGACCGUGAGCUGAGGUUAGCUACAGGAAAUAUUUGGUGCGAAAAUGUUACCGUCUGGAUAGCUUUGCGGAGUAGCGCAGGGUGCUGCCUGACGGCUUUUUUUAUCGGGAACGGCUACAGGAGGGACUCGCCAGCCAGCCAGCUAAAACAAUCGCGAAAUGCAAAACAAAAAAGGAAGUGAUCUCAAUAUGGCCUUAAUUUCCUGUUCUUGAAAAUCUCUGUAAGACACUAAACGUUUUUUUUUUUCACAUCUAGUCCGCUAACGUUUGUUUGCUACCAUUUUGUUUGUUUAUUUGUUUUGCGCGGGUAUUUUAGCAUGUCUUUUUAUUUAUGCUGUGAAACUCUGGAUUCCAUAUUCUGCAAGGAUCUUGGCUAGUUCGCAGGCAUGGACAGCUCGGUGACCCUGUGGCAGUUCCUGCUGCAGCUCCUUCUGGACCCCAGCAACGAGCAGCUCAUCUGCUGGACCAGCGAGGACGGCGAGUUCAAGCUGCUGCAGGCCGAGGAGGUAGCCAAGCUGUGGGGAGCCCGCAAGAACAAGCCCAGCAUGAACUACGACAAGCUCAGCCGCGCCCUGCGCUAUUACUACGACAAGAACAUCAUCAAGAAGGUGAACGGUCAGAAGUUUGUGUACCGCUUCGUAUCCUAUCCAGACAUCCUGAGCGGGGAUGCCACGGUGAGGGUGGAGGGGGCCCGGGAGGGCGGGGCCGGGGUGGGGUCCCUGCCCUGCUCUGAAAGGGGGGUGACCCAGAGGGACAAGGAGAACCGGGCCGGGGGCGAGAAGGCCGGCGCGGCCACCCAGGGCUCCAGCAAACCGUCCAGCCGCAACGACUACAUCCACUCUGGCCUGUAUACCUCCUUCACCCUCACCUCCCUCCAGGCCGGGGCCCAACUCUUCAAAUCCAUCAAGGUGGAGAACCCGGGCGAGAAGCUGGCGGAGAAAAAGUCCGGCCCAGACCCGUUGCAGUCCGUCAUCAAGUUCGGGACCACGCCCCCCAAGAAGCAGCCACCGGCCCUUGAGCCCCUUCCACAGGAACCCAUGGAGGAGAAGCAACUCCCACAGCGGGUACACCCACUUCAGGCCCCGCCUUCGACUGAUGAUGCCACAGCAAAGCAGACCCCCCUCCCGCUGGCCUCAUGUGCAUUCGAAGAGGACCCAUCCACUGAGGGUCCGCUGCCUGGCUUCCCUCUCGCCGGGCUGUCCCCACACCUCCCCCCCAGCUCCCCCUCUCCCAGCACAGUCCCUGACUCCACCCAGGAGCUGGUGAUUGACAGUGACAUUGAGUCCAUAUCCUCACAGCCUUCAGAGCUGCAGCUACAGGCGCAGCCGGCCGCCACGUCCCAGGACGCGGGAGUGUCGGACCGUCAGGUGCAGCGCGUUCCAGCCAGCAACACAGCAGGCAGCGGCCAGAACGGGAAGUCCAAGAAGCCCAAGGGCCUGGAGCUGACUCCCACCCUGGUGGUGACCAGCUCGGACCUGAGCCCCAUGAAUCUGUCCAGCCCCUCCCUGCCCACGGCCUCCCUCACCCCCGCUUUCCUGCAGACCCCUACCCUACUGCUCACGCCCAGCCCCCUGCUGUCCAACAUCCACUUCUGGAGCACGCUCAGUCCGGUGGCCCCCCUCAGCCCCGCCCGGAGGCAGGGCACGCACACCCUGUUCCAGUUCCCCUCAGUCCUCAACACACAGUUCCAGCUGCCCGUUCACAGCCUGGACGGUUCCAACACUCCUGGACCCCUGUCCCCGGAUGCCCAGAAGACAUAGUGCAGGAGCCAGGAUGCCUGGGCGGGCCCUGCUGCUCUGGCCUGCAUCCCUCCUGCACAGUUUUCACAGAGACAUACGUACCAGUCUGAGCCUGUAGACCAAAUCGGGCCUUCUUGGAACAAGGCGGAGCUCGAUGGGUGGGACCGGGGGAGAGGGGAGAGGUAGCAGUGUUUGAGAGAUUGUCUUGGACAAGCCUGGGAAAUGAUUCAGGGAUUCCAGUAUGUUUUGCCUCCGUGUCUCUCCUGGAAGUCGUGACUGGAGUUUAUGAGGGAAGUCUAGACAAAAUGCAAUGACUGUUGUCAUGGAUGGCCUUUGAAAGGGUUUCUUAUUUGUUUUGGACGAGCCUUUUCUCUUGCCUCCUCUCCUGUUUCCUGUACAGUUUCACCCAGGCCUUACGUAAACCAGGGGAGGGUUUGCUUCCAAGCGGCUUCAGAUGACACCAGAUCUGCGUGUGAAGCACAGGAGCGCUGUGCAUUAAGGUGGACGUUGGUCUGCUAUUUUGUGUCAUAUGACACAAGGAACCGGAUCAUGUGAUCUCAAAUGGCCAUUUGAGAGCCUCCACAGUGGCAACCAAUCAGAAGUAAGUUGACUGUUGGCGUUAGGAACUUUGUUUCGUUUUGUUUUUUGUGGUAGUCACAUUUUAACGUAGGAAAUUGAUCCGCUCUUGGUCGAGGUAUCACGCUUACUGUCAUACCUGUGUUCAUGGAGGCAUAUCCUUAUGAAAUAGGCUUUGUGUUUUCUGAAAUCAACCAGCUACCUUAACCAUCAGCCAUAUCUCUUCUAGUGAGGUAAAAACAAACCAUAGCUCACCUCUACAUAUUAUAACUCUAGAUGGCAUUGUGAUGAUAUUCUGUCUUGUCAGUCAGCUUUUUAUAGUUAAUGUGCACCUGUUGGCUUAACUGAAAUGCAUAUCCCUCUGUGUUUGUGAUAUGUUCACACAUACCUAGUGAAAUGACUAUGCUUAAACCUGAACAGGGCUUUAACAUGAAGCAGUUUUGUCACAGCGUCUUGCAGAGUAAGAAUUUAAAGCCGUGAAGGUGUGAAAUGAGAAACCCUUUUACUGAAUUUGAUUCGGCAGAACUUCGUUGGUAGCCCCUGUGAUUGGUGUUUGGUAAGUUUGACCCCGCUUUUCACCCAAUGUAGUAUUGUCCUUCGAAGGGUCAUUAUAUUUGAACUGCAUCAUACACUAUGAAGAAGUUUGGGUUAGUAUUUUGGAAUUAUGGAGUGAGCCAUACAUGCAUGAAAUACACAAGUCAUCUUGUGUAAAUGACUAAACCAAAUGCAUGAAAGGAAAAGACAGAAAUAUUUGUGCGGAAAUGUGCAAAUUUAAAAUUUGAGAUGAUCACUUUUUGACUGCUAUCUACAUGGAUUUUCACUUAGAUUGGGUACAGCUGAUGUCCGCCCAUCGAGCAGAUGUCAGGCACUUCCGAGUGAUUGAGCUGAUUAGGCCCGGGCCCUGCAAAAACGGACAUGCCCGAUUGCACCCCAGAGGUUACGGGGGGGGGGUAGUCUAAUUGGGAGGAGUUGUGAGUGUUAAGCUGCUCCUUUUGCAGAAGUCCAGUUGGAGUUCUUGACACAGAGGGAAGUAAAACCUGCAUCCCCCAAAGCCUCCCUGAGGGCAGGUUGGCCCUCAGGGCUCAGGACCGUGGGCCAGAACCAAAACCCAAUUUGGUUUGCAGGUUUCAGGGCACAGGCAGCGCCCCAAGCCAAAAGGCCAAAAAGCAGCACUUGUCCUAUCUCUCUUGGGUUUACUUUUUUCGAUUCAGAAAGCUAUUUUUUCUGGCAGCUAUAGGGACUUUCUCUCUACUUAGUGUAUUAAAUUCACUACUUUUGCCAAGACCCAGGAGUAAUGAGUAAUAUAGAAAUAUAUUUUUGAGGGGAAAAAACUGCUUGAUAUAUUGAUGUGUAAUAUCUCAGGUAUAUACAAUGCAUGCCCAGAGGACAAUAUUCUUGUAUAAGUGUUUUUUUGCAGCCACAUAUUAAUUAUUAUUUCAGUAGACUUGAUUAAUAAUUCUGCUUGAUAAUGAAUUUUUCACAAGAAAAAAAAUGAACUUGUUUAGCUCAGAGCAACGUGCUCAGAGCAAUGUAUGACACAGCCAUGAUUACGUGAUGCCUUAUACAAGUCUUUGCUGUCAUAUGUAAUAGCUAUGACAGGUUAAUAAAAAAGCAACGCGCCAUUUCUCCUCAAAAACAUUCUACCCUUGAUGGGCCCUAAGGGGUUAUUCAAACAUGUCGGAUGAACGGUGUUUGACGCCAAGACGGUUAUCAGACCUGAUGAAAUGCCGGCAAGAAAAGGCGAACAUAGGCACUUGCCGGUUGUAGUUACCAUGAGGUGGAUGUAUCAUAAGCUAAAGUAGGCGGCGCAGGUUGGGAUUUGGUCAGGACCUGCCAUUUCUGAGUUUCUGUCACUGCUUGUUUUGUCUUGAUCCAGACCGUCAGUGAAAGUUCAGGUGUUGCAGUAUUUAGACUUAAAGGUGCUUCAGGUCCUACUGUUGUUGCUCUGCAGCUGUGUGCUACAGUGAUGUGUUGCUUGUCAUUGGCUCUUGCACAAUAUCAGGAACCUUAAAACUGAAAGUGCAGCUUUCAGCGGCACGCCAUGUAAAGCCAUAGAAUGCAUAGGAAUAAAUCCCCAUGGAAAACCGUCUUUAGGAACUUUUCCAUUAGACUGAGAUUCACUCUAUGUAAGAACGUGUAUGAUAUUCUACCACUGGUUCCCUUACACUCUUCACAGCUAGUACCUGCAUGUGUUUCAAAUUGAUGCAAUUGUAUUGUAACAAACAUACUAGCUUGAAGUGCAUUCCUUUUGGUUUAUUGUUUAAAAAAACGGUGUAAAUGUGACCAAAAAAGAUUGACAACAAGAAAAUGUUUUUUUUUUUCUUUUUUUGUUGGAAUCAUUUUCACUUUUUCAUUUUAUUUUUCUCUUCCACGUACCUGUAAAUUUGACCCCAAUGGGAAAAUUCAGAACUUCUCAUCGUGAUGAUGUGUGUCUGCUUUACAUUUUUCUUACGUUUAUUUUACAAAUCUGUGUAGAUUUCAGUGGUUCUGAGCUUAAGGUGCGUUUGAGUGUGGGGCUUUUUCCCCUUCGUGGCAUUAUCGUUUGGACAUUGUAGCCUUAUUGAACUUGUAUCUGGUUCAUGUUUUGUAUUUUCAUCAUUAGUGUUUACACAAGUGGAGUGUAUCACAUUGGCACUUAUAUUUUGGGGUUCCUUGUAAAACUAGACAGUUCAGUACAUACCUUUUGUCUUUUAAAUUUUGUUGUCAAAUUGUUUUAAAAAAAAAAAACUAUAUUAUUGAUGUUUAUAUAUGCCUCAGUUGAACAGAAAUGCCAUUUUUCCCCUUCAUACCUACAGCGAAAA